AUGGCAGAUGGUCACCGCUAUCCGGUGCACACCUACCCGAAUCCGCUUUCCUCAACGGGCGCUCCUACCGACCAGACCGCUGACGGGAUUUUUCUCAACUCUCUACUGACGCAUCUCGUCGCCGCCCACCCGUCUUCCCAUACUAAUACCAAAUCUCCCAACCACGGCUCCGCGAGCCACAACCAACGCGGCAUGUACGGUCAGAAUCACCAGCAGGGGCAUAACUCCCGCAUCAAUGGCGCACCAGGCCGGCAGCAGGCCAUGCCCAUGCUGUACAACUUCCAACAACAAUCGGCCCACGCCCACCAGGCUCAUGCCCAACACCACCAGGGGAUUCAGCAGGACCAUGGCGGCGCGAGUAUCAUGGGCCAUUCGGCCUUUUCAAGCGGUGUCUUACCGAACGCCAGCCCCUUCUCUGCGAGCAACCUGCAAAAUGGCCACGCAUCGGCCUCCCGAGGCACCCAACCCCAGCAGAUAACCGAACAUUGGGCGGAGCAGCUGCGGUUGCACAAAGAGGCGGAUCGGGCGCAUGCCACUAUGACUGAGCAGCACCAACCCCACUUCUACGCGAGGUUGAAGGCCGCGGAGAAUAGAGGUAUCGGCGGCGGCGCCUUAGGUGCCGGCGAAUCCGGGCCUUCGGUUGACGGCGAGGACGACAGAAGGCGCCCGUGGAGCUUGGAGAAAGCCAACAAGAGACAGGAUUGGUACAAUCUCGACAUGAGCGGCCAGGGACUGCGCGUUCUAGCGCCGCCUCUAUUUGCGUACGAGUUCCUUCAGGAACUUUACAUUGCAUCCAACCGACUGACCUACCUUCCGGCUGAGAUUGGCCGGUUGCGCCACCUGCGGCACUUGGAUGCCUCCAACAACCUCAUCUCGGAUCUACCUCCCGAGGUUGGCAUGUGCACUAACCUUCGGUCACUCUACCUGUUCAAUAACCAGAUCCGCGACCUCCCCUCGGAAUUCGGCUCACUCUACCGGUUAGAUAUGCUUGGCAUAGAAGGGAACCCUCUCGACCCGUCCCUUAAGCAGGAGAUCAUGGGUGGUGACACCAAGAGUCUAGUCAACAGGCUGCUGCUAAAAGCCCCGGUGCCCAUACCUCCCGUGGACAGGAAGCCUGUCAUCGUACAGGAAGACGUGUCGUCGAGCUUGGAGCGAGUCAAGAUUCUUACGUGGAACAUCCUUUGCGACAAAUUCGCAACAACCACCCUUUACGGCUACACCCCCCCCUCAGCCCUUUCGUGGGACUACCGAAAAGAAAGGAUUCUCCAGGAGCUGCACGAGAGGGAUGCCGAUAUCCUAUGCCUGCAAGAAAUUGCGACCGACGUCUUCCGCGAUUUCUUCAGUCCUGAGCUGGCGCAAGAUGGUUACAAGGGCGUACACUGGCCGCGUCCCAAGGCCAAGACCAUGGCGGAGAAGGAUGCUCAGGCAGUCGACGGCUGUGCCGUGUUCUACAAGGCUAGCAAGUGGAUUUUGCUAGACAAGCAACUCCUUGACUAUGCCAACAUUGCAAUCAACCGCCCAGACAUGAAGAACCAGCACGAUAUCUUCAACCGGGUCAUGCCCAAGGACAAUAUUGGUCUGAUCUGCUUCUUCGAGAGCAGGCAGACGGGUGCCCGUAUGAUUGUUGCCAACACCCACUUGGCCUGGGAGCCAACGCUCCCUGACGUCAAGCUUGUGCAGACAGCCAUCAUGAUGGAGAAUAUUACGAGGCUAGCUGAGAAAUACGCCCGUUGGCCAGCUCUCAAAGACAAGAAGAUGAUUCAAGCACCCCUAGAUGAAGGCGAGGAGCGCGCCGACGUGCCCGAGCCCGGCCCCUCGCAAGAGUAUCGAAACAAUACUGACAUCCCUCUCCUCGUGUGCGGCGACUAUAACUCGACUUACGACAGCAGCGUUUACGAGCUCCUUUCAAUGGGCCGUGUGUCCCCCAAUCAUAACGACUUUGGCGAUCACCAGUACGGCAGUUUCACUCGCGAUGGUGUCGAACAUCCUUUCAGUAUGCGCUCGGCCUAUGUCCACCUGAACGGGACUCCGGAGGAAUUGAGUUUUACCAACUACGUUCCCGACUUCGCGGAAGUGAUUGACUACAUAUGGUACUCAACCAACACGCUUGAGGUGGUCAGCCUACUCGGCCCGCCCGAUCGUGACCACCUGAAGCGAGUACCGGGGUUCCCCAACUACCACUUCCCCGCUGACCAUAUCCAAAUCAUGGCCGAACUCGUCAUCAAGGCCAGAAAGGAUAAGAAGGCGGUGCAGGAGCCCGACUUUGGCUCCGGCAGCGGCGAUCGGAGGGGUUGA